AUGGGUCGUGAUUUAUUCGGUAUAAAAUUCGGUGCUCAUUUAGCUGCUCAUCUAACACCAGAAUGGCGUUCUCAAUAUCUUCAAUAUGAAGCUAUGGUUGCUAUACUUUAUGCUGCUGUUGAUCGUGCUCCAUCUCAUGCUGAAACAAUUCGUAAUCGUUAUUUUUCACGAAUUGAUGAACGUUUUUUUGCUUAUUGUAAUAAAGAACUUCUUAAAAUUAAUGUUUUUUUUGGUGAAAAAUUAUCUGAAAGUAUUCGUCGUUUUGAGCAACUUCGUACUGAAUUAAAUUAUUUUAAGAAACCUUUAAAUAUUCAUGAAUCUGAACAGACAAUAAUUCGACGAAGACGACAGUAUAGAAAAAUUCUUCGUUCAAAUUAUAAUCAUAUUGAUGAUUUAAAAUUAGCAUUUAGUGAACUUUAUUUAUUAUUAGUACUUUUACAAAAUUAUCAAACAUUAAAUUAUAUGGGUUUUAAAAAAAUUUUAACUAAACAUGAUAAAUUAUUUCAUAGAUUAAAUGGAAUUGAAUGGUUUAAAACAAAUAUUGAUUCAUCACCAUUUGUUAAUAAUCAACAAGUAUCAAGUUUAAUUGAUGAAGUCGAAACAUUAGUUACUGAUCAUUUAGAAAAUGGAAAUAGAAAUAUUUAUGCUAGAGGAACGAUAUCGCAAUAA